UUACUUGCAGACCAUCAUGGUUGUAUGCUUCGUUGAACGCCUCCUUUUUAGCUUUCUUGUGCUUGUAGUGGUAUGUGCCAAAGCUGGGCUUGGAAACACUGUGGGGUGCAUAGAGAGGGAGAGAGAAGCUCUGCUUCGCUUCAAACAUGGCCUUGUGGAUGACUAUGGCAUUUUGUCUUCUUGGGACACAAGAGAUUGUUGUCGAUGGAGAGGAGUCCAGUGCAGCAACCAUACUGGUCAGGUGGUUGGGCUUUAUCUUCAAGAAGGUAGUUUGAGAGGUGAGAUAAGUUCUUCAUUGCUUGAAUUGGAGCUCUUAACCCAUUUGGAUCUCAGCUUUAAUGAUUUUGAAGGGAGUUCCAUACCUCCAUUCCUUGCUUCUCUCCCCAAAAUCCAAUACCUCAUUCUCUCUGAUGCCAAUUUCACUGGACGUCUUCCCAGCCAAUUCGGAAAUCUUUCCAACUUGCUUUCCCUUGAUCUUAGUGGUAAUUAUCAUUUGCAUUCUGGAAAUCUUGAGUGGCUUUCUCAUCUUUCGUCUUUAAGACACCUUGACCUGAAUUCUGUUAACCUCAGUAAAGCCAUCCACUGGUCAGAAGCAAUUAAUAAACUCCCUUCUCUCAUUCACUUAAACUUACAAUACUGUAGCCUCCCUCCCCUCACCACUCCGUCUUUUUCCCCUGUUAAUUUCUCUGUCCCUCUUGCCUUCCUUGAUCUCUCUUGGAAUGAUCUCACUUCUUCAAUAUACCUAUGGCUAUUCAACUUUACUACCACCCUUGUUCAUCUUGAUCUCUCUUUGAAUGUUGAUUUAAAUGGUUUGAUUCCAGAGGCAUUUGGGAACAUGAGUUCCCUUGAAUAUUUUGAUCUCUCCUCCAAUCAACUUCAGGGUUCAAUUCCAGAUACAGUUGGGAACAUGGCUUCUCUUGAAGAACUCUAUCUCCAUGACAAUAAACUUGAAGGUGAGAUUCCAAAAUCCUUGAGCAAUUUAUGCCAUUUACAAAAGUUAGCUUUGCAAAGCAACAAUCUCAGCGGACAGCUUCCACAAGACUUGCUGGCUUGUGCAAAUGACACGUUAGAGAUUUUGUAUUUAUCAUAUAACCAAUUCACAGGAUCAGUUCCUGAUCUCAUUGGAUUUUCAUCCUUGAGAGUGUUAUAUCUUGGUUAUAAUCAGCUAAAUGGAACAUUGCCUACAAGUAUUGGACACCUUACCAAACUUCAAUGGUUGGAUAUUGGUUCAAAUUCAUUGCAAGGUGUCAUCUCUGAGGCUCAUCUCUUUCAUCUAUCUGACUUGCACACUUUAGACUUAUCCUCCAACUCUCUCACUUUCAACAUGAGCUUGGAGUGGGUUCCUCCUUUUCAGCUAUUUUCUCUAGCAUUAACCUCCUGCCAAUUGGGACCUCAUUUUCCUAGUUGGCUUCGAACUCAAAAGCAGUUGAAAGACCUUGAUAUCUCCAAUUCUGACAUUUCAGAUGUCAUCCCAAACUGGUUUUGGAAUUUAACUUCCCCUAUUUAUACCUUUAAUAUUUCCAACAAUCAGAUCAUAGGGAACUUACCCAAUUUAUCAUCAAAAUUUGAUCAGCCUCUUUACAUAGAUAUGAGCUCAAAUUAUUUGGAGGGUUCAAUACCACAACUUCCUUCUGACCUCGCAUUGUUGGAUCUCUCCAAUAACAAGUUUUCAGGGUCCAUUUCCUUAUUGUGUACAGUUUCUAAGUCAUAUCUGGUGUAUCUUGACCUCUCAAACAACUUGUUAUCAGGAGAGCUGCCUCAUUGUCAGAAACAAUGGAAAAGCUUGACAGUUCUAAAUUUGGAAAAUAAUCAAUUUUAUGGGAAAAUUCCAAAAUCAUUUGGCUCCAUGCAAUCGAUUCAAACUCUACAUUUACGCAACAACAAUUUGAUCGGAGAAUUGCCUUCAUCUUUAAAGAAAUGCAAAAGUUUGAGCUUUAUUGAUUUGGCAAAAAAUAGGUUAUCCGGAAAAAUACCCCCAUGGAUAGGAGGAAACCUUCCAAAUUUGAUGGUUCUAAACCUACGAUCUAAUAAUUUCAGUGGAAGUAUAAGUUUAGAGCUAUGUCAAUUGAAAAAAAUUCAAAUAUUGGACCUCUCUAGUAACAAUAUCUUGGGUAGUAUACCAAGAUGUUUUAGCAAUUUCACUGCCAUGACUAAGAAAGGGAAUUUGACCAUUGCAUAUAAUUAUGAUUCACUUCAUAAUUCAUUUUUGAGUGAUGCACCUUGGUCCUAUGUUGAUAGCGAAUUGGUUAAAUGGAAAGGAAGAGAAUUUGAGUAUAAGAAUACUCUUGGAUUAGUAAAGAGUAUUGAUCUUUCAAGCAACAAACUAAUUGGGGAGAUUCCAAAAGAAGUAACAGAUCUUCUAGAAUUGGUUUCAUUGAACUUUUCAAGAAACAAUUUGACUGGAUCGAUCCCUACAACAAUUGGUCAAUUGAAAUCAUUAGACAUUCUUGAUUUGUCUCAAAAUCAACUUAUUGGUGAAAUUCCAAGUGGCCUUUCAGAAAUAGAUCGUUUGAGUACCUUAGACCUCUCUAACAACAACUUGUCUGGUAAGAUUCCACGAGGUACUCAACUUCAAAGUUUCAAUACUUCUUCUUAUGAGGGAAAUCCUACACUUUGUGGACCGCCUCUUUUGAAAAAGUGCCCAGGAGAUAAAGUAGAAGGAACUCCCAAUGCUUAUAGCUAUGAAGACGACAUUCAACAAGAUGGAAAUGACAUGUGGUUUUAUGUUAGCAUUGCUCUUGGAUUCAUAGUUGGAUUUUGGGGAGUGUGUGGAACUCUACUACUCAACAAUUCAUGGAGAUAUGCAUAUUUCCAAUUUUUGAAUAAAAUAAAAGAUUGGCUCUAUGUGACUACAACAAUAAAUAUGGCUCGACUAUGGAGGAGUCUUCAAAGUUAAAUGGAAUUCAACACCCCUUCAUCUCAUAUUUUAGCAUGUUGUGGAGUAUUAUCAAACGUGGAAGAAAUGGAUGCUUGGAUCUCAGUAACUCUAUCCUCUCAACUCCUCAUUCUAUGAUUAUCGUUGGAGUGUAAUAAGUUUCUUACUUUAUUUUGAUGAUUAUAUAUAUUCUUAAUAUACUUAUUUUAUCUUUUGUCUAGA